UCAGUAGAGGAGGGCAGAGAGAGAAAAAUCACAGCCACCACCACAACAUGAUCAUCGCCCUACAGCCCGAACAGACGGGUGCAAAAAACAGCAGUCCUAAGCAUUUCGGAGCGAAUCUGAGGUGUGGUCUCGCCUUCGGUGUGUAAAAGGGCCGUGUUUCUCUCUGUUUUUAAGCCGUCAGGGAGUGGAUCGUUCUCGGACGCCAUCUUUAGCAGCAGCAGUAGCCCGGGAGAGUGGAGCGCUGCUGGGCCACCGUUAACCAGCACCGGGCUGCAGGAGUUUCUCCAGCAGACACUCAUGCUUGACAGCGAUCGAUAAGUUUUUUUGUGACUCGUUUUAAGUCGGCAGGCGUGUUUCGGUCCUCCGGGUUUGUUGUUGUUGUGGUCGGAGGAGUUUUCUCGGGCUGGCUGCUCAUCCUGGCCUGUUGGGAGGGUUUGGGUCCGUAUGAGGCCACUGUCUUGCAGAUGAGCCAUCAGUGGGGGCUGUCGUGUCGCAGACCCAGAUAGUGACUGGCGGCUGCGGCCCAGGCCCCUCACAGCAUGCCCAACGCUGUUCGCGCAGGGAGUCUGAAAGACCCCGACAUCGCAGACCUCUUUUUUAAAGAAGACCCUGAAAGACUCUUCUCAGACCUGAGGGAGAUUGGCCAUGGCAGCUUCGGUGCUGUUUACUUUGCACGAGAUGUGCGGACCUCAGAGGUGGUGGCAAUCAAGAAAAUGUCUUAUAGUGGAAAACAGUCCAAUGAGAAAUGGCAGGAUAUAAUAAAAGAGGUGAAAUUCCUUCAGAGGAUAAAGCACCCAAACAGCAUAGAGUAUAAAGGAUGCUACCUACGAGAGCACACAGCAUGGCUGGUUAUGGAGUACUGUCUGGGGUCCACCUCAGAUCUCCUCGAGGUACACAAAAAACCUUUACAGGAGAUUGAGAUCGCAGCGAUUACUCAUGGUGCUUUGCAGGGUUUGGCGUACCUCCACUCCCACAACAUGAUUCACAGGGAUAUCAAGGCUGGAAACAUCCUGCUCACAGAGCCUGGACAGGUGAAGCUGGCAGAUUUCGGUUCUGCCUCCAUCGCCUCUCCUGCCAAUUCAUUUGUGGGGACUCCUUAUUGGAUGGCCCCAGAGGUGAUCCUGGCCAUGGAUGAGGGCCAAUAUGAUGGAAAGGUUGACAUCUGGUCUCUAGGAAUAACCUCUAUUGAAUUAGCUGAAAGGAAACCUCCACUCUUCAACAUGAAUGCUAUGAGUGCCUUAUACCACAUUGCGCAGAAUGAGAGUCCAUCCCUGCAGUCCAGUGAAUGGACGGACUACUUCAGAAACUUUGUGGACUCCUGCUUACAGAAGUUACCCCAGGACAGACCACACUCUGAAGAACUGCUGAAACAUGCAUUUGUCCAGCGCGAGCGGCCGGAGUCUGUGCUUAUUGACCUGAUCCAGCGCACCAAAGAUGCUGUGAGAGAGCUGGACAACCUGCAGUCCCGCAAGAUGAAAAAGAUCCUCUUCCAGGAGGCCCACAACGGCCCUGCGGUAGAGGUCCCAGACGAUGAAGAGGAAGUAGAGCACAGUGUUGGGCGUACGGGCACAGUGAACAGCGUAGGCAGUAACCAAUCCAUCCCUAGCAUGUCGAUCAGUGCAAGCUCACAGAGCAGCUCGGUCAACAGCCUGCCUGACGCUACAGACGCCGCUGACGACAACAAGAGUGAGGUGGACCUGAUGGAGAAAGACCAGACCAUCAUACCCAACAGCUCCAUAAUUCACGUCAAACCGGAGGAAGAGAGCUACCAAGAAGAAACUGAAGUUCAGAAACAGCCCACAGAGCCCCAGUCUCCCCCAGCACAGACUCCACGGCGUCAGUACCGCAAUCGAGAGCACUUUGCCACCAUCCGCACAGCUUCCCUGGUGACGCGUCAGAUUCAAGAACACGAGCAGGACUCCGAGGUGCGCGAGCAGAUGUCUGGCUACAAACGUAUGCGCAGGCAGCACCAAAAACACCUCCUGGCUCUGGAAAAUAAGCUGAAGGGCGAGAUGGACGAGCACAGACUCAAGCUGGACAAAGAACUGGAGAACCAGAGGAACAGUUUUGCUGCUGAGAUGGACAAACUCAUCAAGAAGCACCAGGGCACCAUGGAGAAAGAUGCCAAGACUUUUGCGAACGACGAGAAGAAAUUCUUGCAGCACAUUCAGAGCCAGCAGAAGAAGGAGCUCAAUAGCUUCCUGGAGUCUCAGAAACGAGAGUACAAACUGCGCAAGGAACAGCUCAAAGAGGAACUGAAUGAGAACCAGUCCACACCAAAGAAGGAGAAGCAGGAGUGGCUGUCCAAGCAGAAGGAGAACAUCCAGCACUUUCAGGCGGAGGAGGAAGCCAAUCUCCUGCGCAGACAGCGUCAGUAUCUGGAGCUCGAGUGCCGCAGGUUUAAGCGCCGCAUUCUUAUUGUGCGUCACAAUGUGGAGCAAGAUCUCAUGAGAGAGGAGUUGAACAAGCGCCAGACGCAAAAAGAUCUGGAACAUGCCAUGCUGCUCCGACACCACGAGUCCAUGCAGGAGCUGGAGUUCAGGCACCUGGGCACCAUCCAGAAAAUGCGUGCGGAGCAGAUUCGCCUGCAGCAUCAGACUGAGCUCACCAACCAGCUGGAGUACAACAAGCGCAGAGAGAGGGAGCUCAGGCGCAAACACGUCAUGGAGGUCCGACAGCAGCCCAAAAGCCUCAAGUCCAAAGAGCUCCAGAUCAAGAAACAGUUCCAGGAUGCAUGUAAGAUCCAGACCCGGCAGUACAAAGCCCUGCGAAACCACCUGCUGGAGAGCACGCCGAAGCCCGAACACAAGACUAUGCUGAAGAGACUGAAGGAGGAGCAGACCCGGAAACUAGCCAUCCUCGCCGAGCAGUAUGACCACACCAUCAACAACAUGCUCUCCACACAGGCUCUGCGUCUGGACGAGGCUCAGGAGGCGGAGUGUCAGGUGCUGAGGAUGCAGCUGCAGCAGGAGUUGGAGCUGUUAAAUGCCUAUCAGAGUAAGAUCAAGAUGCAGACGGACGCACAGCAGGAGCGAGAAAGGAAAGAGCUGGAGCAGAGAGUGUCCCUGAGGAGGGCCCUGCUGGAGACCAAGAUCGAAGAGGAGAUGUUGACCCUGCAGACCGAGCGUACGGAGCGCAUCCGCAGCCUGCUGGAGCGGCAGGCCAGAGAGAUCGAGGCCUUCGACUCGGAAAGCAUGCGCUUGGGCUUCAGCAACAUGGUCUUGGCCAACAUUUCUCCUGAGGGCCUGAGCCACAGCUUUCCUGGGGCCCCGGCCAGUUGGAUGCCUCAUCAGCAUCACUCAGACGGCUCUCAGGGGACACAGUGGGGCAGCAGCGCUGGUUCGGGGGGUGGUCACCACUACCACCCCAGUCAGGGAGGAGCACAGGUUCAGCAGGCCUGGGGCCAAGCCAUCCCAGGAAGUGGGCUUCCUCCGUGGGGCCACUCCUCCUCAGGGCCUCCGGGGGCCAUGCCAAAAAGCAGCGUAGGGAUGCGAAACAGCCCCCAGGCGCUUAGGAGGACCACCUCAGCGGGGCGCACUGAGCAGGGCAUGAGUAGGAGCACCAGCAUCACAUCUCAGAUAUCCAACGGUUCACACCUGUCCUAUACAUAAACACCAGUGCGUUUGUGCCAACCCUGCACACACACAUGCAUACACACAGGGUAGGGGAACGCACUGGCACACACUAAAAACUGGCACAGAGAGCAGAGCUAACUGCACUCUUUUAUCCUCUUCUCUUUUCCCUCUCUUUCGUUCCGUUAACUUUCCGACAUGCAGAUUUGCAUGUAAACGAUAGUAAAUAUCACUCAGGUCUAAAGGUUUUCCAACUUUGCAUGAAGCGUUUUUCAUGACCGUGCAGAGUCUAAAACACUAGCUUCACUUAAAGCUCGCUUGAUGAGAUUCCUAUAAUGCUUAAAUGAUAGUGAAAUAUAUAUAAAUAAAUAAAUCUAGAUAUUUAUUGCUUUAGCAGUAGUCCACAUAAAGUGUGGAUUCAUGAACCAAAAGGAGAUUUAAAGGGGAUGAUGGCCAUAAUUCAUAAUAUUUUUGUAUAUAAAUUAUGAUGUACGAAUACAAGCCUGCUGUCAUGCUCUUAGGAAAAACAUUUGGGCUUAAGAAAAAAAAAAAAAAAACUAAGACAUGAGUAUAUGUGAUGGGAAGAAAGCCGGCCAAUGUGUUGAGUUCAGAUAUUUAAGUUGGAUGAUUCAGUUGCAGAGAUAAACUAGGGGUUUUCUUGCAUUAAGUACUGUAUUUUUGCAGAAAGUAAUGUGAAAAAAGACACAUUUCCUUUUUUAUUUUCAUCGGAAAAUACUUGACCAUUUUGUCAUUUGUUUAGUCGUCAGGUAUAGGUCAGUGAGGCUGUGUUUUUGCAUUUUGAACCGAGCCAUCAAGCACAAAUCGGUUCAUAUCUCCAGCAUACAGUCCUUUCUUUUUUUAGUUUGUGCUUGCAUUAGGCAGAUAACCUGACUUCAGUUGUUUCAGCCUUCGAUACACCCUUUAUUUCUCUAGCUCAGCCAGCUUUCAUCUGGAUCAGGCGUCCAGACUCGCUUAGAUGUGGUGCUUUUUUGAUUAUUCAUCACAUGUGAUGUUUUGAAAGUGCAAUGCCAGCUUAAAAAUAUCAGAUAUAUAUGUUCAGUGCCUUGAAUGUGUUAUAGACAUGCCAAGUGAAUGUUUUCAUGUAGCUUAAAAAACAAUUACCCAAAAUGUAUAGUUAAAUCAUAUUUCCCUAAGUUAAUGUGUCCAUUUAGGACUCCAUUUUGAACACCUAAAGAUGAGCUAUAUUAUCCCACUUUGUAUAAUGCUAAACUUGUGUUCAACUUUUGAGGUGCCUUUUAAUAGCUGCCAAGCAGAAGCACUUUAUGUUAGUGUGUUGUGUUUAAAAGAAUAUUUUACAAGCAUUCUCAACUAUAAAAAAAAAAGCAACUAAUGUAGGCGUAAAACUGUCCAGUGGUGGAUGUUGAGUAUAUGCUUACUGAUACUCUUAAAAAAUUUGUGUGGUCAUUUUAAGGAAGUGGUAGAUGUGAAUUUGUUGACUGUUUUGGUACAGUAUCAUUGUGAAGGAAAUGAAUGCAGAACCUGCCUGAAUGUACUCUGUCCUUCGUCAGGUUUGUGUUAUGUUGUUGACACUGUGGGAAUGUAAUGUAACAGACUGUAGGGUCAUGUUGAACAGCUUUCUCUCUUUUUCUCUGAAGAUCAUGACAGCAGGCUUUCUUAUGUGACACUUGACAGAAAAAGGCAAAACACUCUUGAUCUGGUCUCAUGACACACUAAACCGCAAACAGUGCUUAGUCAAAUGUUUGGACACAUUCGCAGCUUAUUUUUUUACUAGUAAUAUUUCUAUAUUUUAACUGAUACAGUUUACUAGCUAUUUACAACCAUUCAAAUGUUUUGAGUCAGAUUUUUAUAUUUAUUUCUUCCAAAGAGAUUUUUUUUUUCAUGUUAUUUUUAAAUGGAAUAUAUAUAUGAAUUGCCAUCAUCUACAGUGUCAAAUCAUCUUUUAGAAAUUCAAAUAUAUGUAUAUAUAAAUUAGCAAUAUCACACAAGUAGCGUUGUGAUGUGGCUGUAUAUCGGCACGGAUGGGAGGCGUGGUGUCCCACCAAUGAUGAUAUACAGCCCUAUCGGAUUUGUACGAGUGUGAUAUUGCGUUUAUACCACAGUUUGAUGACAUUAUCGUGUGUAUCGAGAAGAAAAUCAAACACGGAGAGUCUCAAAACCCUUUUGUAAGAGGAACUACUUUCUUCCACCACUCAUCCACAUCUGCAGCUGACGUCAGAACAGCAGAAACCAUUCCUCAUUCACAAACGUCACUUUAGAGCUAGUAUUGUUUAGCGUAAUAUCUAGUGAUGUGAUGACAAAACGGGUGAUUUUGCUCACAUUUUAAGAUUAUGAGGCUGAACGGCAUGAAAUGCCAUCAGUCUACAGAGAUUUUCCAGUAUUUCUCUGUUGCUAUCGGGAGAUCACAAUAAUAUUACUAUGGCAUAAUUACAGCAUUACAACAUUAAAAAGAGAGAGAUCGAAAGUCAUAUACCUGUUUAAUAAUGAUUUGAUCAGCUGUAGUCAGGCCCGUGUUAAUAAUUCAGAGGCCCCUUGGCACAAUGUCUUGUAGGCCCCCUACCUGGCCCCCCCUAUAGUUGAAUUAAAAAAUAAGAUUAAUAUAAUAUUUUUUUAAUGAAAUUAAUCUAUAAAGUAUUGCACGCAUUUUUUAAAUAAAUGAUAUACAGUACAUAUAUUUCUAAUCUACAAUGUUUUAACUUAUUUUUAAAGCAUUCAAAGCACACUUUGAAAAAAAAAAUUACUAAAACAACAUGUGAAAAUUAAUGGAUUUGAAUAUACUUGUUAAAUUUCACUGAAGCAGUACUAAAAAUUUAUAUUUAAGGGUAUUUUUAAUGUAUAGCUUCUUUAAACUUAUAAUGCAUAUGAUUUGGAUAUAACACCUCUCCAAUCCAGUUCUAUGAAUCUGAGUCUUCCAUAAUAGACACACUUAAUAAUGAUACCUACUUGUCUUCAUGAUGAAGAGUAGGCAAAAUCUGAUAUGUAGUGGGGGAAAAAGAAGAACGUGUUUAUCAGACACUGGAUUUGAACCGGGUUCAUGAUCGAUCGAGUCAAAGCAUGUUGCCAUUCACUUUAUGAACUACGCUACUCGCGCUGCUAUCUGUUGCACUCUUUAGUUAUGUUGUCCCUGUCAAUCAAACGGUGCUGGGCGGGAAUCACUCAACAUGUUUGUGCGCUAUUUGAACUUAGCCUAAAUAGACACUUCAAAAUCUCUAUUUUCCCCUCUCACAGGGGCCCCAAGUGCCCAUUGGUUAAUCCAGCCUGGGCUGUAGUUAGAAAUUACGCUGUUUUUGUCUUGGGGCUUAUUAUGCGGUCUCUGUAGCCAUCUUGUGGAUGAACAUCGUCAAUCGACAUACUGUCUCUCACUAGCGACACUAUACUUAUAAAUAAACUGCAUAGUUGCAAUCUAAACAACUACAUUCUCCACUAAAUUGCCUCAAAAGUACAUUAGAUUGUCCAACAGCUGCAAUAUUAGUCAACCUGUAGAGUGUCCUCUGCUUGUAGCUGUAUGUGGGUGGACUAAUACACAAGGGUGAAGAGGCUGGCCGAGUGCUGUUAUUUGCAGAAUGGAAGCUGUAAUGCCACAAUUGCUGUUUGGAUAUUUUGAUGAAUAGAUUUUCAAAAACAACAGCGCUUUUCUGAAGUCUUUUCUGUUUUGAUUAAUUUAAUGUUUCCUCUUGCUCCUAAUUUUCUAUUUUAAAAAAAUGACUAAUCUCAAACUUUUGAAUGGUAGUGUAUUUCAAAGGAGAGUAGCAUUAUUUCAACUAAACAGCUUGUGCCAAGUUGAUUUAGAUGUAUUAUUAAAAUUUUAAUGCCAAUGCUAAAAAUGCUUUCACACUUUAUAUUUUCACUACAUGUACAUGAUCAAAAAUAUUUAGCAUUACAUAUAAAUAAUUAUGUUUACAAAAAUAUUAGAGACAUUUGCCAUGCAACGACUGUUUUAAUUUUUCGUUGAAUAUCUUGAUUUCAUGAGUUUAAUUUCGAGAAAUGAAUCAAACUCCCAGACAUGCAGUCUACUGUUUUUGAGUAAAAUCUCUUUGAAUUUCUCGCUCUUUAGAAAUAUUAAUGGCCAAAUACUCCAAGCCAACUUAAUGAGGUACAUCUUGCUUUCAGUCAUAUGUGUCCAAACGUUUGCUCAACGGUGUCAGUUUAUGAAGUACUUAUAUUUUAUUAAAUCAAUAGCUGCCCCAAAGAUUUAACAGCCAAAAACACUAUUCAUUGGCUGUUUAAAAGCAACUGAGAAGGCCAAGUCCAAGACUAGAAUUUCCUUUUAAAACAUGCAGGGAUCUUUUCCUCUUCCCCUCCCCCGCUCUGUUUCUGUCUUCUGUGCCACAGGUGUCAGUUCCCAGUAUUAUGAGGAUAUGAGCUGUGCUGCCGAUGCCCCUGCCUGCCCUCACUCUCCCCCUCUGCCAUCACUUCACGCCAAGCUUCACCUGGAUCCAGCGUUUCGACGCAAGGAUGCCUGAAUGCACUUUUUUGGGGGGGAUUUUUCAAGCUAACUUCCCCUCCCCAAGCGAGUUUGUCUAGUUGGUUUGCUUUACUUCAACUGCAGGAGUUGUGAUGACUGACUCAUCCUUGUGAAAUUUUUACUCACGCUUUAACACUUCUGAUGGAGUACAACGUUACCCCUCGCCCCUCUGUUUCCAUUGUGCAAUCAUUGGUGAAGACAAAACUCUCUCCUUUUCCUUAAUAUCCCACUUUCCCCAAAAGAUCAUGUGUGACUUCUGACCCCUACACCCUUAUUACCAAAUGGAUCCAGCUCUAAUGUGAAAGAGCAAGUAUAAAGUGUACCUAACUCUAGAGUCGUCAUCUGGGGAGAGUGUUCAUAUUGUAUAUUUGAUUUUAAAAUAUAUAGAUUUAAAAAUAUAUAGAAAUGAACUAAAUUGAUGGUGGAGUACGGUUUCCCCAUCCAGAUUCUCUGCAUAUAGACAAAAGGUUUAAAAAAAACAAUUAAGAAUUGUAAACUAAGUACCUUGCGCUUUUAAAGGUGGUUAUUGGCCUGUGUACAAGGAGCCUCGGGGCUCUGAGGCCUCAGAGUUGAACUUCAGGGAGUAGUGUGUGUUUACACGUCACCUCUGCACACUUUGUGUUUCCAUUUUUAUUAGAAAAUCUGUCUGUCGAUCACAGGAGCAGUCCUUGUUUUCUCACCGCCUUUAUUCUGAACCCUCGAUUCAUGUGAAUGUCAGAAGGUGCAGCUAUUUAAGGCGCACAAAAAAAUGUAAACAAAUAUUUCGGUUUUAAAGUCCAAAGUAUACUUCAGUGUUUGUGCAUAUGUUGGCAUAUAUACGUGCAGUAAAAACCACAACUUUGAAAAGUGUUGGUGCAUUCAUGUCUUGUCCUGAGGAGGUGAAGAUCUCAAGUUGUUUAUACUAUUGUACUAUUAUAAGUCAUAAUUACAACUUAUAAAUUGGGAAUUUUUGAAGAGUUGUGGCUGGACUGCUUUUCUGAAUUAAUUUAGCCACAAUGUCUCUCAAAAUUAUGGUAAUUAGAAGAUGGUGUGAAUGCAUCAUGUAUGGCUCUUGUAUGUUCAGACUAGAGAGAUUCAUCCUUGUCCACUGCCUGUCCUCUUCUUAGUAAAGUUGAUUGAAUUUUUACUUGUUUACAGUAGAGUUGCGGAUAUCUAUAGUUCCCUUACACAUGCUCUUUUUUUUUUUUUUUUGCUGUCUUCAGUAAGUUGCUUUUGUUCUUCAUUUCUUGUAAAUGUUAAAUGGCAGUUUGUGUGCAAACUAUGUAGUGCAAAAUUGAAAGGUUAUUGGUGCAGAAAAAUCAGAACCUCAUCAAACAUACCUCAGUAAGGCAGGAGUCUUAAGAACUGAAACUCAGUAGCCCUCUUGGGCCCCAUCCUAGCAUGAUCAGCCUGGUCUAGUCUGGUGAGGCCAGGUGAUUCUGGUUUUUACCCCAACGCCAGAACUCUGAGGGGUGAAGAUAGCCAUGACUCCCUUGGGGGUAAUUGAAUCUAGGCUUUUUGCAUUUAAAUUGGCCCUGCCAAGAUAUUUUGUCAAAAAAAGUUUCACAAGCUGUUUUGCCGCACAAUUUGUCAGUCAAAGUUUCGAUUUCACGUGGUGAUUGCUUGGCAAGAUAUAUUCAGCUUCAGUUCAUUUUCAGCUUCAUUGGAAUGGGGACAGUGGUGUUCAAAUGGAGCCAAAGGCCCCACCCGUUGAGUUUGAAACAUCUGGAACCCCCUUCACUGACCAAGCCAUGCCAGUGUGUGAGAUUUGAUUGUCAGAUUUGAUUAUGUCAGUACAGUUGAACUUUUUAAAUGCGUUUUAUUGUGCAUUGACAUGCACAGUUAGAGGUGGACAUUUUUAUGUAAGACCAUAUAGCGUCUGAUGUUUGCAUAAACACACACCAGUAUACCAUCACAACAUUCUUCACAAAUAAACAUGAAAAUUGUGUACAUCACAUAUACAAAUAUAGUCUCAAAUACAAUUUCAUUGGCUGUUGUGCUUGCUGGUAAACUUCACGUUUCAUUUGAAGAUUUUUUUGCUCCAAUGACCUUUCGAACUUGUCUACUGUUCUGAUGACAAAAAUCUGUGUUGUAUAUACACUACGUGGCCAUCAUGCACCUAUAAAAACUGAAGUAUACUUUGGAAAGAUACCCUCACAUAGGUCAUUUAGAUUUUCGUUACCAUCAAAUGAUGGUUUUUUAAUAGAUUUGGGUUGAGGGCUGUUUGCAUUUGUUUGGCAUUGCUCAUAAUUGUGGUUUUUAUUUGUCAUACCUGCCACCGAUUUAAUUUACACAUUUUAUUUUUGACUUUAUCCUAGUUUUAAACUUGUCCUACUGACUGAAUUUAGUGGAUAUGUAAGUAAUACUGAUAUAUGAGAAAUACUAGAAUGAAAUGCAAACCUAUUUUCUAAAUAAUGGAGGUUCAACCUCUGGUCAAACACUGUGCCAUCCCACAGCUGCCAAGCCCGGUCACUACUGCAUUGUCUCCUCUCCUGUUGACAGGCUCUGAAAGAGUGAUGGUUAUUUUGGUUGUGAUAGACCUGAACACUCCUAUCGCCAACACUACAAAGAAAUGAAACGGGGAGCGAUAGAGAGGGGCUGGUCUACAGGGAAGGGCUACAUUUCUUGUAAAGAACAUCAGUAUUCAUUCGCUGUGCUUGAGAUGCCAUACUAACCUACCGCAUACCGAAUUGUUUUAAAACGGUAAGUUAGUUUGGCGUUUCACAGGCACACAUUGUCCUCUGGCUCAGCAUCACCACUAUAACUCAUAUGUAACCUGUAUCAAAAUGUAUAGAUCGUGUAUCAUGUUAUUGAAUGUCUAAAAAGAUUAUACAAAAGUUUAAAAAUACAGAAUAAAUGGCUUGAAAUUGUAUUAAAGUAUUCAUGAAUCCGAGAAAACAAAAGUCUAGGGAUAAAUAAACUAUUUUUUCUGUUCUGUAAUUACUGUUGUGUUGAUGGAGGAACGCUGGUCAGAGGAUCCACUGUAAUAAAAGUAAAUUUAGUACAA